UGUGCUCUGGAGUAACGUGGUUACAUGUGGUGGACUUAGGCAUUAAGUCAGCUGGAACUGUAAGCAAAACAAACACAGAAUGUUGUCUGUGCAAGGUGGAAAAAUGUCGCUCCUAACGUUUCGACAGUUUAAACCAAAAUAUUCGGUUAAUAUUUAUCGAAAAUUAAGUUCAGACGGCACAAAAAGUAAUGGAAGUUUUGAAUCUCUGAGACAAUCAGAUUAUGUACCAACUACUUAUGAUAAGUACAUAUUGGUCUGGGCCAAGAAGUAUCCGUCAAUAAAAGAUGUACCGUCAGCCGUUCCUCAGGAAACAAUGGAAAAAGCAAGAAGUGUCUCGCGAGUUCGUAUAAACAUCAUAAUGUGCGUCGUGACGGGAGUAGUAUGUAUUCUCAUGAUAUUUGCCGGAAAGCAUGCCGCCAGAAGAGGAGAGAGCAUAUUGCAAAAGAAUUUAGAUUGGCACCAAAUGCAAAAUCAAAGUAAAAAAUAAAUAUUUUGAUCUUGCACUUGUCACGAAUUUUAUAAUGAUAAAAGUACUGUAUAUAGUGUAUUAAGCAGAGAUUUAAUUUGUCGGAAUGUUUUCAAGAUGUACGUACAAUAGACAAUUCGAGUUGUUUUAUCAAUAAACAGUUGAAAAACAAUAAAAGUAUUAACACAUUUACAAAAUUGCUGCUUUGUUUCACAUCUGAUUACCUGAAAAUUAAACAAAAAAUGUAAAAUCAAUACUCUUAUUGCAUGCACUAUAUACAAAUUUGGGUGAAACUAUAUUAUUUCUACUCAGUUAAUUCAAUUCUUUGUUUAAUUAGCAAUGUUUUAUGAGAAUAAGAGAAAUGCAUUUGUAAACUCCUCAAAUGUAAAAUGCAAUUCAAAUUGUUUUUUUUGGGAGAGAGAUUUUUUAAGAAAAAAUGUUUAAGAUUGUGUGUGUAUCAUCACCAACAAGAAAUUAUAAAGGCUCUUCUAAAAUGAAUGCUACCAUUUUAAAUUACUGUAAUUAUCUGUUUAAAAACUGCAAUGUAGCACAGUAAUCAACACAUGGCAUAACUCAUUCAUU